AUGAUCACGGAAAUCAUUGUUGAGGCCAUUAUUAGUCGCCAUUCAAAGACAACAUCCAUCAGGCUGCAAGACAAUUGCCAUCAUCACGCCAAAAGCCACCGAAAGUCACCAUCACCGAAAGCCACCAUCACCGAAAGCCACCAUCACCAGAAGCCACCAUCACCGGAAGCCACCAUCACCGGAAGCCCCCAUCACCAUCACCACCGAAACCGUAAGCCACCAUCACCGAUAGUCGGUACCACCACCGUAAAUCACCAUUACCACCGAAACCAUAAGCCACCAUCACCGAUAGUCGGUACCACCACCGUAAGUCACCAUCAUCUCCACCACCAAAACC